CUUUCGUUGUCUUGGUUUCCCUGGACAAGACAACAUGUUAAAAGUCACACCUAAACGUUAAAUCUUAAUAUAAAUGUUAAACCGAAUGUUAAAUCCGCCAUUUUAAAAUCUAUAUGUUUGGGCCCUUAUAAAAUAUGCAAUCAUAUGCAAAUUCGAAAUGCCAGAAACCGGAAGCACCAAAAUAAAAACCCGAGGAGCGUUGACUGUAUAUCGAAACAUAAAACAUCUGAUCCAGAAAAAGUGACUCUUGGCAAUACAGGCCAUCAUAGUGAUAAUUAGAACCUUAAAUAACAAUAAUGAGCACAUUGAAUUUUAAGUGUCAUUUUUACCAAGGUUGCGAGAUUUAUGACAUUUUUCCAAACAUGUUUGUAAUCUGAUGCCUGAGACUCACCUCCAGAAGAGGAAACGCUUGCUGGUUGAAAACCCAGAAAGUACACCUAAGAUGCUUCCUUAUGCGUACCCGCUUGAUCCUGAGACACACCCAGCUCCGGAGUGUACGCUGUCAUUAUUUCAGUGGCAAAUCGAACAGGAAUCGCGUAGGUAUGAAGAUGUCCCUCCCGAGUUGCUGAACUUGCAAGAUGGGGACGGCGACACAUGUCUUCACAUAGCUGUGGCCCAAGGCCGAAGAGCUCUGGUUUACAUGCUCGCUUCCAAGAUGGCCAACUAUGGCGCUUUAGAGGUGAAGGAGCGCAAUGGGCAGACGCCGCUUCAGGUCGCGGCGGCGGCCAAUCAGCACCUAAUCGUUGGCGACCUGCUGCUGCACGGUGCGGACAUCAACACCAGAGACUCGUGGGGCCGCUCGCCUCUACACGUGUGUGCUGAAAAAGGAUUCUACCUCUGUUUACAGAGCAUCUGGAAGACUUUCUCCGGAUGUUUACAGAUGAUUGACACAGAAAUGCUCAAUUUUGACGGUCAAACGCCACUUCAUGUCGCAGUGUUGUCUCACAAUGCGGUUGAAAAUGAGUGGAGGAGACUGUCUCAUUCUCGUACCCUGGACAAGCAUCAGUGCCAGUACCAGCAAAGGGAACUGCUGCAAAGGAAAAACAUUUAUGUUCAAUGUGUGAAGGCUCUGUUGCACAUGGGCGCCUCCUGUGGGACGAAGGACUUAAAAAGUGGACUGACGUGUUGGCACAUGGCAGCCGAAGAGGCCAAUUGUCAACUGUUGCGCGUCUUCCUCGAGUGGCCAUCUGCCUUGAGCAGCCUCAACCACAAGAGCUUCAGCGAAAACACGGCCCUGCACGUGGCCAGCUCCUUGCAAAACCAUCCCGCUCAGCCGGAGGCGCUGAAGAUGCUGAUGAGAGGCGGAGCCGACCCUACGGCCAGAAACUUGGAGAACGAGCUCCCCUGGCAACUGGCGCCAGGAGGACCCAUUGGUGAGACGGUGCAUCAGAUCCUCAGGGGCCAACAUCUUGAUGCUUAAAAGUACUCCAGAACAGAACACUGUCAGUCAGACAGUCUAUCAUGUAAAUAUUUGCCUCACAAAGGCAGAUGGUGGUUGUUUCAAUGAAACAAAUCAUUUUGAUGUAAUACUCAAUGAGCAAACAUACACAUCCAUCCAUUUUCCGAUCCGCUUAUCCUCACCACGGUCGCGAGGCAUGCUGGAGCCUAUCCCAGCUGUCUUCGGGCAGUAC